GGCGCGUUGCUCCCCAAGCCCACACCUCUCUCUCGCCUUCUACUUCUGCCUCCCCUCUCUCGCUGAACCCCGCUCUUGUUAUGAAACCCAGAGCUGUCGCGCCGAGAAAACGGAUUACCUCUGCUACGACCGGCUACACUGUGGCUUCAGCGCAAAGCGACGCUAACAACAACAACAGCAGCAGCAGCAGCAAUUUCAGCAGCCUCGGUAGCAUCAGCAGCAUCAGCAACAUGACCCUGGAGGAGGUUGCGACUGGAACCACCGAGGAGCAGGCGAUGCAGACUGUUGAGCAAGCGCUGGAGGAGCUCUUGGUGGGCGCACACAAGCAGGGAGACCUUACCGUCGGAGUCUACGAGUCUGCCAAGCUGCUCAAUGCUGACCCAGACAGCGUGGUGCUCUGCCUCCUGGCCGCAGACGCCGACGAGGAGUCUGACCUGGCCCUGCAGAUCCACUUCACGCUCAUCCAGGCCUUCUGCGGCGACAACGACAUCGACGUUAUCCGAGUGCGCGGCGUGGCGCGCCUCGCUCAGCUGCUCUGCGGCGGUGACGGCGGCGCCAGCGCCUCGAGCGGCACCGGCGUCGGCGUGGUGGGAGCCGAGAGCGAGGGGGAGGAGGAGGAGGAUGGCGACAAUGCCACCACCACCACCACGUCUCCCUCCUCCGCCGCUGACGAGCCCCGAGACCUCCACUGCCUGCUGCUGACCUCGCCGCUGCCCGCGGGACCCCUCCGCGCGGUAGCCUCGUUCUGCGCCGAGAGUCGCUACCGCAAUCAGUGGGUGCCGAGUCUGAGCCUCACCGAGCGCUGAGCCGGCGAGCCCGUGCCCCGUGACGGGGGGCGAGGCGCAGCCACACCGAUGGGUAACGGCAGCUACUACAGCGGCUACAGCAGCGGCUGAAAAAGCAGCAGCGGCUACAGCAGAAGCAGCAGCGGGAGCGAGAAGACGAGUCCAUGUGCUCGAGAAGACGAGUGCAUCGGCGUUACGGCCACGAAGACGACGACCACCACCGCCGCAGUGGCGGCGAUGAUGAUGAUGAUGGUUGAUGGUGGUCGUCAAGAGUCGGUCCGUAGUUUGGCUUCGCUGGCUGGAGGCUAAACAAGGAGCCUGAUGGAGGAGGAUCCGUGGACCGGUCUGGUUCGAUCCGGAUCGGUGCCCUGGCAAGACUCUCGGUCGAGUGAGGCUGGGGUCUUAAGGAGGAGGAGGAGGAGGAAGACGAUGAUGAAGAUGAACUGGGAUAGGAGGUUGAACUGUGCAGUCGGCUUGUUGGAGGAAGCUGAGCGGCUGUCGGGGGAGUUGAGAGUUCUCAAGAGGGGUUGAGAGAUUGUGGCGGGGUGGGUUGAAUUACUGCCUCACCCCCCCCCCCCCCCCCCCCCCCAUGGCUCUCUGCGCAUCCGAUUCCAGUGACUUUACCAGAACCCACGAGCGUAGUGGGGAAACGGAACGCACAAACACACAAGUUUUUUUUUUUAAUUUAAGGUAACAUUAUUUGUUAAUUUAACUUCACCAAACUUUAUUUAAUUAUAUUCACACGAAUGGAUUUGCCACAAGUGUCGUUUUGGAACAUCACGUUACGCACAAUGGUUUUCAAUUUGCACCUUGAGAUUAACGAUGCAUUGUUAUAAUUGUUACUGUGUUACUACUGCCAUAGCAGAGUUGGCAUAACUUGCCUUACUCUCUUACCAUUUGUUAGAGUACUGUCAAGAUCAUAAUGUAUUUCUUGUUCAAUCACAAGAUUGUAUUUAUGCACGCAUGUUCAAUCCACGUAUAAUAAUAAUUUAUAUUCCUGUCUUGCAUUGUGCAAUAUUACAAAGAAAAUAAAAGAAUAUAUAAAAUGCAACUGAA